AUGCUGCAGGCACUUACUGGACUACAGUUUCAGCUCAGAGGAAAGCUACAGGAUCAAAAGUGGCCAGACAAGCACCCUCGAGAAGAAGCCCAUGCACAUUAUUCACAGUGUCAUAUGCCAGUUUCACAGUAUCCUGCGUUCAAUGGAUUUUUUCCAAUGGGAACACACUUUUCAUCAGACAAAGCUCCAGCAAUCUCAGAGGUACAAACCCACUUGGAAAAUCAGUCCAGGUACCACCUCCAGCCGGGCCAGCGGCACCAGGUGAAGCAGUACGUGGCCCUCGACACCAAGCUGUCGGGCCAGGCGCCCGCGGUGCAGCCUCUGGGGGUGGCCUCCAUCCUGCGGGGCGCCCCCAUGGCCCCCGUGAGCGCCGGGGACAGCCCGGUCACCAAGCUGCUGGCCCUCGGCGGCCAACACGAGAAUGCGAUGGAAGAAGUUAUUGAAGACAUAAUCAAUAUGGAAUCAAAUUUUAAUGAUGAAGGGAUAGGUUGUUCUGAAACUCCUUUACUAAUGCAAAGAACUCUAUCUAGCAGCAUUUUGGAUAUAUAUAACAGUGAACAGGGAAUGGCACCAGCUAAUAUGGGUCUCACAAAUGCUUCUUGCCCAGCUAAUCUACCAGUAAAAAGGGAGCUCACAGAAGCAGAUACAAGAGCAAUGGCAAAGGAGAGACAAAAAAAGGAUAACCACAAUCUCAUUGAGAGAAGAAGAAGGUAUAAUAUUAAUUACCGAAUCAAGGAGCUUGGCACACUCAUCCCCAAGUCUAAUGAUCCUGAUAUGCGCUGGAACAAAGGAACUAUUUUAAAAGCAUCGGUGGAGUACAUCAAGUGGCUACAAAAAGAACAACAGAGAGCCAGAGAAUUAGAACACAGGCAGAAGAAAUUAGAGCAUGCUAACAGAAGACUUCUGCUCCGAAUUCAGGAACUGGAGAUCCAGGCGCGUGCACACGGCCUUCCGGUCAUGUCUUCGCUCAGUGCUGUCGAUUUAGCAGCACAAGUCAUCAAGCAACAGUCUUACCCAGAGGAGAACUCUGUAGACUACUCUCAACAAAUGCCUCUGGUACAUGGACAAAAUUCUGAUGUCUGCGACGGAUCUACAGCCUUUUCUGAUCCCCUUUCUCACUUCACAGAUUUGUCCUUCAGCGCAGCUUUGAAAGAGGAACAACGACUAGAGGAGAUUUUAUUGGACGACACAGUGUCACCAUUUGGAACAGACCCACUCUUGUCCUCCACAUCUCCAGCUGCAUCAAAAGAGAGCAGCAGGAGAAGCAGCUUUAGCACAGAUGAUGGAGAUGACUUAUAA